CGGCAAAAGUUAACAGUAUGCAGUUUGACGCCAUCUUGAAAGUUGUUGGAGAGUUUGGACCUUACCAAAAAAGAAUAUACUUUUUACUUUGCCUACCUGUCCUGUGUAUUGCUAUGUAUGAUGUUAUAGGUGCCUAUCUAAUGUACACUCCCAUACACAGAUGUGCUGCAGUCAGUGCCCAUAAUAGCUCAGCAUUUUUCGCGGUUAAUGGCGAUGAUACAAUUCGAUCUCUCCCUAAUAUGUCUGCGGAAUACCAAUAUGGAGAAUGUCAUAUUAAAGUGUCCGACAAUAGGUCAAAAGGAGAGGACAGGAAUGUCACUUCACACCUUUGUUCUUCCUGGACAUAUGACAAGUCUGUCUUCACGUCUACGCUUGUGUCGGAGAAUAAUCUAGUGUGUGCCUUUACAUCUACCUCGACCUAUAUGCAGGUCGCUAUGCACUGUGGAUCAAUCGUCGGGUCGCUAUUACAAGGAUUAAUUUCUGACAGAUUCGGAAGGAAAAUAACUUUUUGUGGAAGCACCACCUUGAUGAUGCUGGUUGGGGUUGGUUCUGCAUUUACAACUAACAUAUACAUCUUCACAAUCCUAAGGUUCCUGCAAACCAUCUGCUCCACAUUCGUUUAUAUUACAGCAUUCGUAUUAGGUCUGGAAAUUGUUGGACCCUCAAAGCGUCUCUGGGCCGGUAUUUUGAUUAAUUACUUCUACACUGCCGGAAUGAUCCUAUUAGCAGGGAUUGGUUACGGGCUCCGUCAUUGGAAAUAUAUUCAAAUAGCUUGUUCUGCGCCAUCGGCAAUAUUUCUUGUAUAUUGGUGGGUGAUUCCCGAAUCUCCGCGCUGGCUUAUUAGUCAGGGAAAACAGGAAGAAGCAAGAGCUAUAAUCUUAACGAUCGCCAAAUCAAACCACCGCGACCACAGUUUGACCCUCAAACAACUGACCGAUGACGAGGAUGAACCCGUUAAACAAUACAGAAUCUGGCACCUUUUAUCAUCACGGUCCAUGGUAAUCAGAUCCUUGAUAAUAUGGGUCAAUUGGUUUGUGGUAUCCCUAACCUACUUCGGGUUUUACUUCAAUGCGGGCAAUCUAAGUGGCGAUUUUUUCCUGAACCAGCUGAUCUCCGGUUUGGUUGAAAUACCUGCCACUCUCCUUUUAUUGCCGCUGUUAGACACAAUAGGCCGUAUGAAGCUAUACAUCCUGGGAAUGAUGAUGGGAGGUACAUUCAUGCUGCUGACUGGCAUACUUGAAAUCUUUAUUUCCAUUCGCAAAAUUAGUAAGACGCUGUCGCAAGCGACCGUCUUUUGUUUUAGCGUGGGUGCCGUCCCCUUAUCUAAGCGUUUCGGUGACAUUGAGAGACAACAGCACAACAACAACAUGGAGAGAUUUGGGCAGACGACAACGGAAGAAAUAGACAAGAAGCGACUAAACAGUCAGUCUGCCCAAACGCAAAAGGGUCCUCGAUGCGAUAAAUUCGUUAUAUAG